GUAUACAGUGUAUAUUUGUUGUCUGAAUGUGCUGUUAGAAGUGUGUCACGUUAGUAACUAAUUCAGCGACUUUAAACGCCUUGGUUGCUUUGAUGUUCUGUCACUGUCAACAAGCAUAUGCAUUGGUAUGUCUAGCACACGUGGUUAACGUGCAGUAAAACAGGACAUGCGUCCUCCUGUUGUAAGUCCUGUUAAAGUGGCCAACCUGGCUUACUCGGAUGUUGUAUGGUGGAAACGGCGACGAAACUGCAGAAUACUCAGGCAAAGAGAGCAGAGCAGACGGUACAUUCUGUCUCAGCCACGAACACAAGCAGUCUACUGCAGCACUGAAGAGUGAUCCUUAAGAGCGCAGCCUGAGCACUACUUUUCUCCAUUCAUUGCUCCAUCCUCUCUGUAAUUAUCCAUCUGCAAGGCUGUGGGAAGCUGGUGAGAUUGAAGGCCUCUGCAUCAGUGAGACAUGUCGACCCUGCGCUUUGGACAACAUGUCAUCAAGACUUCGACUGUGAUCCUGCAGACAAAACUGUCCUUUGCUCUGGUUAACAGGAAGCCUGUGGUGCCUGGACAUGUGUUGGUCUGCCCUCUGAGACCAGUAGAGCGUUUUCGGGAUCUUCAGCCAGAUGAGGUGGCAGAUUUAUUCCACACCACUCAGAGAGUCGCCAACCUGGUGGAGAAGCACUUUCAUGCCACUUCUCUGACUAUUGCCAUCCAGGACGGCCCUGAAGCUGGACAAACCGUGAAGCAUGUCCACGUUCAUGUGCUACCCAGGAAAGCAGGGGACUUUGAGCGAAAUGACAAUGUAUAUGAUGAGUUGCAGAAGCAUGAUCAAGAAGAUGAGGAUAUUCCAUCCAAGUGGAGAUCAGAGGAGGAGAUGGCAGCAGAAGCAUCAGACAUGAGGAAACAGCUUGAGGAGCCCUAACUGGCCUGUGUCCAGUUUUCCAUGAGAUGGUCUACAGCAGCUGGAGGAUAACAAACCUAUUAAUGUGGAACUGUAUAGUCACCAACAUCUGGAUUCUUUUGUUGUGUUGUGAAGGUUUAAUGCAUUUCAUUUUCAAAAUAAAAUGCUUGUGAUUACUGCCUACCAAUCUCUGAAACAAACAAGAACAAGGAAACCAUUAACCACCACAAAUGAUUGUUCUAUUGACAAAAAAUGAGUCAUUACAAAUAAUCUUGUUGAAUCCAGUCAUGCAUCAUCUUACCAAAAAUCACACCGGAUAUGAGAUGUCAGUUGUGCUUUAGUACAGCUGAAGUAUCCAUUCAUUCAGUCACACUGACUGCCAGAUGUUUCUGGGAGCCAGCAGACCUAUCAGCUGUAUAUUGGGUUGUUGAAAAUGGAUUUUUUUCAGCGGGCUGGUCAAUGUCAGAAAUAUCAUCAAAACUGCUGACUGAAAAUUCAUGACCAAAACAAUGUUGGGACACUUUGUAAAUUGUAAAUAAAAACAGAAUGCCAUCAUUUAAAAACAAAAACUGUUUACCAAUAAUAGUGUUCCUGAGACCAUGUAGUACAGUGGUACGCUAAAUAUAUUUAACAUUGACAAGACAGCGCAACAUUGCAAAAUGCAGAGAAAAAACUGAGCUGUUGUGUUGUGAUAACACCCACUCCAGCCACAGUCUAGGAAAAGCCUGAAUUGGAGGCUUUGAUUGAUUACAUAAUAAUUAUAUAUAGUUAUGAGUCUGGCUAAGAUCCUCUGCCAGCACCUCUAGAUAAUGUGAAAUUCAUGGAUGUCUCCCCAGAUUCACACACACGUCAGCUCCCAAAGCAUCUUGGAUGAAAGAGGAGAAGGGAGAACACGUCUGGACUUUGAACUGUUCUGCUAAAUGUGGACAGUUGUGUCAUUUGAUUGACGUUGAGUUUCAAUUUUGGGCGGUUUUAAAUGUUUGACAAGCUUGGCACUUGACCCCAACUCCCUAGGUUAAGGGGAGGCUUUCACAUGUAAAUGAAAAUGCUGUGAGCUAUAAAAAUGUAAAUCAGAAUAGUAGGUCAACCUUUUUCUGAAAGCUGCUUUCUCCAUUUUAAGAAAAUCUCUGGUAUAGUUAGAUCAGACUAAGUAGAAUUACAGACUCACAAGCUGUAGCUUGAAUAUAUUUUCUGUCAUGGUUUAAAGUUUAUGUGUAGUUUGUUUCCUGUUUUAUUUUGUAGUUUAUGUCCUCUUGUGUACUCCUUUGUUUUUUUCAUUUCAUGUCUGUAAUUCCUGAAUAAUUAAUGCCACAGUUGGAUGCCCCUUGAAAUAAAGCUGAAAGUUUUCACUUUGC